AAGGCUGAAAAGUCUGUUAUAUGCUAAUUGAAAGAAAAUAUGUAUUAUGACCAGGGCGGAAUGGAGUACGAAAUGGAAGAAGACAAACUGGGUAUGAAAGUGACAUCUGGCAGUAUAGUGCUGAAAAAGGAUGCCCAGAAUCUAAUCGGAAUCAGUAUAGGGGGUGGAGCCCCACUUUGUCCUUGCCUCUACGUCGUCCAGAUAUUCGAUAACACUCCUGCUGCCAAGGAUGGCACUUUGGCCUCAGGGGAUGAGAUUACUGGAGUGAAUGGACAGUCAGCCAAGGGCAAGAGUAAAGUGGAAGUUGCGAAAAUGAUACAGUCAAUAUCAGAAGAAGUAACGAUUAACUAUAAUAAAUUACAUGCCGAUCCAAAGCAAGGAAAAUCUCUUGAUAUAGUUUUAAAAAAGGUGAAACAUCGUGUGGUGGAGACCAUGAAUACAAAUACGGCUGACGCCUUAGGUCUGAGUAGAGCAAUCUUAUGUAAUGAUGGAUUAGUUAAGAAGCUUGAAGAACUGGAGAAGACAGCUGACAUGUAUAAAGGUUUAAUUGAACAGACAAAGAAGUUACUCAAGUCCACAUUUGAACUGUCGCAGUCCCAUAAGUUGUUUGGGGAGGUGUUUUCCAGCAUUGGAGUGCGCGAGCCUCAACCUGCAGCGAGUGAAGCCUUCAGCAUGUUUGGGGAAGCACAUCGUAACAUGGAGAAGUUUGCCAUCAAGAUGUUAAAAACCGCAAAACCAAUGAUAAGUGAUCUCAACACAUACCUACAUAAAGCAGUUCCAGACACAAGACUUACCAUAAAGAAAUAUCUGGAUGUUAAGUUUGAGUAUCUGGCUUAUUGUCUUAAGGUGAAGGAAAUGGAUGAUGAGGAAUAUAGCUAUGCAGCAUUACAGGAACCACUGUACCGAGUGGAAACGGGGAACUAUGAAUACAGGUUAGUGUUGCGCUGUCGACAAGAUGCCCGUCAGAGAUUCGCCAAAAUGAGAGCCGACGUCCUUGUCAAAAUGGAACUUCUAGACCAAAAACAUGUCCAAGACAUUGUGUUCCAGCUACAACGGUUUGUGUCAGCAAUGGCUAAGUAUCACAAUGACUGCCAUUCAGUCAUGAAGAAGGCUGUUGUGUUCCCCAUAGAGGUGGAUCUGUCUCGCGGCACAUUCACAUACGACACCACAAACCAGUUCAACGACGAAGAAGAAGAGGAAGAGGAGGAUGGGAUCGAGGGUACUGUGGAAACAGGGACAGAGGUUGGAGUCACAGAGACAAAUGACCUUAUCAGUACUGAUUAGGGGCCAGUGAAGGGUUGAAGGAAGGUAAAAAGUGAAAAAGGGGAAGUAGGAGAGGGGGAGAGCAAGUGCAUGUCCUUAUUUCUUACUUAAUAUGAAUGAGUAAGGACUACUUCAAAGUUUUUAAAACCAAUAUACCAAAAAGAAAUUCAGACUUUAACAGUGAUUGUUGAUCAGGAGUUCUGUUAUACUUAAAAUGCUUAAGGUUUAUAGGAAUUCAGCAAAAAUAAACAGAAAUGAGGAAAGAUUUCUCUCGACAACAGGGCAACAACUGGAUUGAAUGUCUGUUAGUGUCACAAAAAGAUGUUAAAUUUUAUGUAUUUUUUUGUGGUUUAACAAACACAGAUGACAAAUGUGUAUUAAAUACUUUUUUAUUAUUAAGAUGGGCAAAAGAAAAUUGUGUGGUUUUCUGUUUUUUUUUAAAAGUUAAUUAUCUAAAGAUUUUUCUAAUUAACUGUUAGUGUUCAAAUCAUCAAUGAAAAAUCAUAUUGUGAAUAUUGUUCCCAAUUAAUACCAUUAUAUCCAAAUCCUGACUUCUUGAAUUUUGUGGAUAUCCAAUUUUAUUUGAUAUAUAUGGCUCCAAUAUAUAAGGUUUCUGUGUAUUUAACCCUGCCACAUCUGAUAAAAUGUGAUAUCCCACCAUCAUGUCAGGUUCUUGCGAACCGUAUUUCACUUUAGAAAAGAUUUUUUCUUAUUAUUUAUUUGAAGUCAUCCAUUCUAUAUGUGUAAUGUAUUUAUCUGAAAUUUCUACGCAUAUAUGAUUGAAUAAUGAUGUGAAUGGAUUGUGAGAACGACCGUAGACUUACAGUUGAUGCGAAGUAAAUGAAAUGUGAUUUCUAAUCAGACGCUCUUUUCAGUCUCUGCAAUUAUGUUCAGCGAGAGAGAUGAUUUUUGCAUCAAUUCAUUUAUGAUGAAUUUAUAACUUUCAGAGAGGUUCAGCAUUGAAAAGUGUCAUCUUUCAGAACUUUCCUUUGGAAGAAAAAAAAUUGACAUCGUGUUCAUCAAUGAUAAUCUUACUACUCGUACCAAACCAUAUCUGUACUUGAAGCAAUAAUCAUGAAUCAAAUGAUAGGAAUGUUAGUGGGUUUUUUUUAAUCACACUUGUGUGUGUACAGUUGUUUUAUUAUCAGAAAUCUAGACAAACGUGUACAAUUCCAGCAGCCAUUCAUCUGUGACAGUUUAUGGAUAUCAGUAUUUUCUCUUCCUAGAGCAUCAUCUUCUUAGUGUGACUAUACAUGUAUCAAAGUCAUCAACAUUGAGCAUGGUUGAUUAGUUGGAUUAGUGACCUGAUUAUGUUUGCAAGAAAAAAGGACCUGGUAUCCUGAAGUGUGUUUUAAUCCAGCAUUUGGAGGCCUAUUUUUGCCACGAAACAAUGUUGGAGACUAGGCAUUCUAGUUCUGAAGUAAACCUAAACUACAAAAUAAACGUUAUGUAUGCUAAUGGUGCCAGAUAUAACCAAUGUUAGCUUCAGGACAAAUCUUAAUGAAGUACAAAGGUAAUGUGACAAUUCAUAGGUAUGACAAUGUGUAGUCUGUUAACUACCUUUUGCUGCUGCACGGUUGAAUGUCCAUGUACCAAAGUGAAUCCACAUCAAAUAUUGUCAGUAGUUGGGCAAGUUACCACUGCCUAUGUUCUAGUGACAGCUUACCCUGUGGUAAACAUUAUAUAAUGAGGAUGAUUUCAUAAAAUAUCUGACUACAACUAGUUCUCUAUUUGAGUAACAAAGAUAAAUUCAGUUGAUACAUUGCAUACCGUUAUCAUUAAUAAAUCUGUUUCAAUGUAAUAGUUUCAUGCUGACCUUCCAUGUUCAUCAGUGGUUGUGUUCAAUUACAUGGACAUUUUUAAAACAUUUUUUGUACAUGUAUGUGAAAAUUAGAAAUCCAAAAUAUAUUGUUUUGUAAAUGUCUCCCUAUAAAGAAUCCAGCAUUAUGCAGUUUUAUAUGUAUAAAAUCUCAAUCGUGAGUUUAUAACAAAUUUUGUUAUAAAUUUUAACAUCGUAAGUCUGUAUAUCUAUUAAUGACUUGAAGAAUCUCGGUAAAAACUUUUAUUUGAUAAUGCUAACUUAAUAGAAAUUAAAUAUUUGGUGUAUACCUGUAACAGUCAAAACAUUCCAUUUACAUUCCAUCAACAUCAAUUUUAACUUAUAAUGCAAGAGCUAUGUGCUUUUCUGAAGUAGAAAAUAUAUUUCAAUUUUUCUGACUUACAUUGAUAAACUGUUUAUUGCAUUCACACAAAUACAAGAAUGGUUUUAACAGUUAAAGUGAGACAAAGAUUUAUUUCUAGAUAUGUUAUGACAAGGUUUAUAGUGCAAUAAUACCGAUUUAAUUAUGGAAAUCUUGAAGAAAUCGUUUGAUACGUAUGUUGAAACCAUUUUCUUUGAACACUACAAAAGGAGAGAUUUCAUAGUUAGGGAAAGAUAUGCCUGUAGCAACAGUAGAUUUUAGCUGAUUGGGACUUGUUAGAAAUCCAUGAAAGAGUCAUUCCAAAUAAAUUCAUACAUUAUCAAUAUUUAUAAACAUUAUAAAACGUACCUGUGAAAUCUCUUUUAAAGUGCAAAUUUUACAUUUUGUUUUGUUAUUAUUUUGUAAUGUGUGAAUGACAUUAUUUUCGUUGUGGAAGUAUUGACCAAAUGUUGUAUUGUUUUAUAUUCUUCACUGUAUACUUACCUUAUUUAUGUUGUGAUAGUA